AUGACGACCCGACUCCUACGCAGAAACAUCAAGAUCCUCGUGAUCAACCCGAACUCGUCGGAGGACAUGACGAGGGGCAUGGAGAAGGCCAUCCAGGGAAUGCCCUUGCACGAUGCUGAUCUUUCUUUUCUUUUUCGGCUGGCUCAGUCUCUUGAGAUUCACACUUACACGGCACCGUCCGGGAGCCCGGCGAGCAUCAACGAUGACACCGAUAUUAAACUCAGCACCGAAGUUGUCUUGAAAGACCUCGCAAGCAGCGAAGAGCUCGAGAAAUUCGACGGCGUUCUCGUUGCGUGCUACAGCGUUCACACACUCGUUGAGAAGCUCUCACAGCAGUAUCACGCCUCUCUCGCCGUCACUGGCAUCUUCGAGGCUAGUGUGCUCACUGCGACGUCACUGUUGCCUCAGAUCUCUUCGGGCUCUGCGUCUUCGAAAUGGGGUGUGGUAACCACGGGUGACUUCUGGGAGAAGCAUCUGAGCGACGGCGUGAACGGCUAUCUAGGUCAGGCUGUCCAGACGGACAACACCAAGUUUGGUGGCGUCAUGACGACCGGGCUGACGGCUGGGGAUUUCCAUCAUGUCAGCCCGGCCGAAGUCAAGGUCAAGCUUGAGCAGGCCACCAAAAGGCUUCUCGCUAGCGGAGACGUUGGCUGUGUGGUGAUGGGAUGCGCAGGCAUGGCUGGUCUUGAGGAAAUCAUUCGUGACUCGGCAACCGAGGUCUAUGGCAAGGAGAAGGGCAGCCGAAUCUUUAUCGUUGAUGGCGUCAAGGCAGGCAUUCUUCAGCUGGAGCAAGCCAUCAGGAGCAGAAGAUUAUUUCACAGUUAA